UACACCAACAAUGGGAAGUCAGUUUGGGGACCGAAUCGGAAUGAUUCGUACCCGGUCAACAGGUUUGGCGGUCGUCCACCCUUCGGAGGCCGCCACGAUGGUAGCGGGAACUACCGCUCGUCAGGGGACGACGGUGACAUGGAGGGACGCACGAUGGACGAAACCCAUCAUGAUGAUCACGUGAGCAACAAAUUGGAUCGGGUCCUCGAGAAGCUCGAUCAAUUCGACGUAUGGAGGGAGGAGGCUGAUCGAAAAUUCAAAACCCUAGCGCCCGUAGUCACGCGCGAUUCGGACGUGCCGAUAGGCCUAGACGAUGGGGAUGAUCCACAGUGGGACGAGAACAGAAGAAGGAGACCGAACGAAAGAGGGUUUCAACCGGGAAACCCUAAUCGUGGUUUCCAAGAAAGGCCACGGCGAGAGGAUAGGAGCCGUAUGGGCCAUGGCGGAGAGUUUCAAGGGGAGCGACAUAACAAUUUCGCACGCCCCGCGACAAUGUGGAUGAAAUCAUAACGUCCCAAAGAAUACAUAUGGAUCAAUAUAUAUAGGGAUUAAGGAACAACAAUUUGUUAAAAUAAAGAUAUUAAACACAUAAGUUUUGAGAAUGAUGAGUAUUGUAAGCAUGUGGAGCAACGGCCGGCCUUCGACGGACGAUGGCGACGAAUGUGAGGCUACAAAGACGGCGAUCUCGUCGUAUCUAGAGAGAGAAGAAGAGAUAGAGAGGAAGAAAAUGGAAGUGAAAGAAAGGGUUAAGUCUCAACUCAACCGUGCCGAGGAGGAAACCAGACGGUUAGCUCAAGUUUGGGAAGAAUUAGAAGUGUUGACUGAUCCAAUGAGAAAGGAAGUUGGAGCUGUGCGCAAGAAAAUUGACUUGGCCAACCGCGACCUUAAACCUCUUGCCCAAAUCUGCCACAAGAAAGAGAGAGAAUACAAAGAACCAAUGGAGGCUUUCAAAGAAAAAAACAAUGAAAAGGCUCAAUUGACCAAUACCCUUGUGGAGUUAGUGAGUCAAAGUGAGAAAAUCAGAAUGAGGAAAUUGGAAGAACUCAGCAAGAUUGUCAGCUUAAACACUUAA